AUGACAUUAGUUGGGUCUGGAAAGGUAGCACUCCUUUGCAGAGAGCUCGUGAUCCCAUGUCUGAUGGUGGCAAACGUGUGGACUAGAGCUUGCUCAGGCCUCGUCGCUGGUGGAUCCGAUGCAGUGCACAUCAAGGAAUUCGAUUUUCUCAAGGGAGACUUUGUACCUGAAAAUGAAAACCCCUUCAAUCUGCCCGAGGCCAAGACUAGGGCCAGUUACAAGAGCAGAGAUGUGCUGAGUGUCGGCAGCGACUUUGGACCCGACAGUCUCACUGAUUCAGGUUACCCUCGCACUGUUCGAGAAUGGGUCAGAGGAACUGAUGUUAAAGAUGCUCCUGUUGUCUUUGAAGGAGAGAAAACUGAUGUUGCUGUGGGAGCCUACACCAGUGAUCAGCGCUUUCGUAAUGGACCCAUCUAUGAAGUCCGAUAUCGUUCGGUUACCUUUUACACAAGCAAGUAUCUUGCCAGGAUCAUCGACUAUGAACACCUUCUUGCUCCAGAUGACCCACUCCGUGAGAAAGCUGGCAGUCCACCUGAGUUUAAGGAGGUUCAAGUGCAGGAUGAUGCAGAUGUAUCAUUCAUUGGCAACCUGCUUAUGAUUACCUUGCGAUCCGACUGGGAGCCUGUUCCUGGACAGAAGUUUAUCAAGGGCUCCAUGUUGUAUGUUGAUGCCAAGACAUUUUUGGAAAAGGGACCAACUGAUUGUUUGUUCAAGGUCUUCUUUGCCCCCACUGAGAGGACUGCUUCUGAAUACACUAGCUCAACCAAGAACUACCUCAUGCACAUGAUUCUAGACAAUGUCAAAACCAAGGUCGAGUUCUACAAUAUCACAGCUGAUGGCUUUGUUCGUGUUGGCAAAGAUAUGGAACCGCAAAUCCGAGAUGUGUCUAUCUCAGCCAUUGAUGCAGUCGAUGAUGAUCGCUUUUGGCUCACCACUAGCAGCUUUCUGGAGCCUACAACUUUGCAAAUUGCUGAUGCCUCUUUGGUGCAAAACAGUGAAAUUGAUGGUGAAGGCUUGUAUGCCAUUGAGAAAGUGAAAUCUUUGCCACCUCAGUUUGAUUCUUCAAACCUAGAAGCCAUCCAGGGGAGUGCCACUAGCAAGGAUGGAACACAGAUUCCAUACUUCUUGGUCAAGAACAAAGAUGUCACUCUUGAUGGAAAGAAUCCUACGCUUUUGUAUGGAUAUGGUGGGUUUGAGAUUAAUCUAGGUCCUCACUAUACUGCCAUCCCUGGGCUUGCGUGGAUAGAACGAGGAGGUGUCUAUGUUAUUGCCAACAUCCGUGGCGGCGGCGAAUUUGGAGCCAAGUGGCAUCAGGCUGCACUGAAGGAAAACAGAAACAAAGCCUAUGAAGACUUUAUUGCUGUUGCUGAGGAUCUCAUUGCCUCAGGCUAUUGCAAACCCUCCACUUUGGCUGUCCGAGGUGGAAGUAACGGUGGUCUUCUAGUGGGAAACAUGUACACUAUGCGCCCAGAUCUCUUUGGAGCUAUUCACUGCGCUGUACCUUUGAUUGACAUGAAACGUUUCAACAAGCUCCUGGCGGGUGCUUCGUAAGUUACUUGGCUGCAC